AUGGCGCAAGGCGGCGCGAGAAGCCUCGCGCCAUUCUUUAAACAGGUCUCUCCCUUGCUGAAAAUCACCCGAUCGAGGAGACCGUUUUCAAGUACUCGUUCCUAUACUAAAGAGCCAGUGCCUACUUUCACGCCUACCAGCUCUCCCGAACUGACUCGGCUCUUCGAAAAAUACCGCCAAAAUUUCUUCAUUCCUAUGUCCCUAGGCCUCCGUCAUAGAAACUUAAUAUAUAAGAACAAAUAUGCGAAAAAAUUAGAAGAUAACCCCAUAUCCAUCAACAUUGGCCGAGGGCGCGAAGAGAUAUAUCAUCUUAAACCUCUCGAAAAGACUGGACACCCUGGGACCUCUGAAUUAAGGGAGGUAGUAGCUUUGAUGAAGACGCGCGAAGAUUGGUACAACCUUCUACCGCUUUUAGUUGGGCUUAAAAUAUCAAAGCGACAGUUAGUGGGAAGACGUUUGACUUGGUUGAUUCGUCGGGCCGGGUUUGCUGGACAGGCUAGUAUUCUACUUGAGUGUGCAAAGCAAUCGAAGCGAACUGGCCUUACACUUAACCAUGCAGAUAUAGCGAUGCAGUUUUUUUUGGCAAUUCGGUACAAUGCCCGAGAAGCAGGUUUCAGGGGUCCAGAGGUACAAACAUCCUUACGACAAGCCACCCAAGCAGCAGAAUUGCUCGACGCCCCGGAGCAUACUUCCACUUCUAUGACCAAAGACGCCAAGCGUCUCCCUGAAAUAAUAGGCAUUCUCCUCGAAUUGGAAGCUGCAAAUACUCUCAAUACUCUGGAGGGGAAAGACGUUGAAGGCCGCGUUCGCUCAUACGCUGAGAAACUUAUUAGCACUUGGCGCUUGGGCAACCUUGACAUUCCAUCCAAGUGGCAUGAAGCCAACCUCAGACUUCUCAAUAUUAUUCCGACAUGGCAUGGAAUCAGUUUGGCAUUACAAGUGAAAGAUAUUCAGGCUAAUACCGACUUGUCAAAUUCCUUACGGUCAUACAUGAGUGAGCUUGGAGGAAAAAUCGAGGCUGCUGUUGAAAUUGUAGCCAAAGAAAAUCCAACUGCAGCAGGUUUGAAGCAGGCUGAGCUAUUGUAUCGUAAAUAA